CUUUUCUUCCAAGUUCCGACGUUGAUUCUUCUUCUCUUUUUUAUUUCUCCGAGUCCUUGGGUUUUUGCUCUGUAUAUCGUCUCCCUCGAUCGAAGUAUCGAAACUCGUCUGGAGCUGGAAAGGAGCUGAUAUAAUAUUACYAGUCCUUCUCCUUCCUGUAAUAAAAGCCAGAAAAAUUCCGGUUUGCUGUGUUGUACUUCCUUCUUCACAAGUGAAAAACUUCUGAGAUUGAGUGUUGCAGACCAUUGGUUCCAUGACAUAGCAGAUCAAUUGUCGUUGUCUUCAGAGCUUUCCCUGGGAAACUUUAAUAGAAUAAAGUUCUGAAAGCAGUAGCAGAAUUCAACCCUUGAUAGCCUUUUGUUUAUUUUGCAAAGGAAGAUUCUCGUUCUGGCAAUGGAUCAUAUUGAUGAAAUAUGUAGAAACAAAAUAGCAUCACUUACACAGGCAUUAUAUGCAGCAAAAUAUAUAAAAGAGGACAGUGCUCCAUGUGAAAUUGAAGAGUGGCUGACAGAGAAGAGACUGAUAUAGCUCAGCAUUUUGAAGAGUGCUUUGAUUUCAUUGACGGAGCAAGAAAGAAGGGUGGUGGAGUGUUAGUUCAUUGUUUUAUGGGAAGAUCAAGAAGUGUCAGUUGUUGUUGCUUAUUUGAUGAAAAAAUAUCAUAUGGAUCUAUCUCAAGCUCUGGAGCAUGUUAGGAGUAAACGGCCACAAGCAGCUCCUAAUCCUGGUUUCAUGUUACAGCUACAGAACUUUGAGAAAACACUUAAAGUACCAUUGCCACGCUGAGGUACUCUACUGAGGAAGGUGUUUCUGUGUUUGGCAACGACGCUGGCAUUUCACAGCAUUGCGUAUCAUGGUUGCGAAUCAUGAACGCACCAUCUGAUGUGCGCUAAAUACGCAUCCUGCUAGCAUUUCUUACAAGCUAGCCGCGGCGAUUUGCAAAUUCAAAGCUGAGUGCAGGUGGGAUUUGGGAAGAAAAGCAAAAGAUUGAAAGGCACUGUAGUUUAGGCUGUUAAUAGGAACAAAAUGACGUUUAUCAUGGCUGCUUUAGAUCUUUCUGUGCCUCCCCCUUCAGUUCCCAAACAAACAGUUUAGCUUUCCUAGUGGGGAUAGCGUUUCUUAUCCGUAUGCCCGUGGAGUUCUGAGAAUACAAACUUUAACCUUACUGGGACAUUACAGUCCGGUUCUGUUUUUUCUUCUGCAAACUUGAAACUGACAAACUUCAAGAAAAGUUCUGAAUCGCAGUAGGUGCUUUAGCUUUACUUCCUGACGACUUUGUGCGCUUAUUGGAGAAGGAACUUAAUAGCAAUGGAUAAUAUUGAUGAAGCAUAUAAAGACAAAAUACUGGCACUUACAAGGGCAUUAUAUGCAACAAGAUCUGUAAAAGAUGACAAUAUUCCGUGCAAAAUUGAAGAGGGCCUCUUUCUGGGUUCUCUUGGAGCUGCAUCUAACAGGAAUGCACUGAAAAGUUUGAAUGUCACUCACAUAUUAACCGUGGGAAAUUUAUUAGGGCUGGGCUAUCUGUCACAUGCAAAUGAAUUCAUAUAUAAAGUAAUUGAAGUGUCUGACACGGAAGAAACAGAUAUAGCUCAGCAUUUUGAUGCCUGCUUCAAGUUUAUUGAUGAAGCUAAGAGAAUGGGUGGUGGUGUGUUAGUUCAUUGUUUUAUGGGCAAAUCAAGAAGUGUCACAAUAAUUGUUGCUUAUUUGAUGAAAAAGCAUCACAUGGGUCUAUCUCAAGCUCUAGAACAUGUAAAGAGUAAAAGGGCACAAGCAGCUCCUAACCCUGGUUUCAUGAUGCAGCUACAGAACUUUGAGAAGUCCCUUACAGGUGUUUCUCUUUUGUGGACAUCACUUGAUGGUUUUUUGAUAAGCAAGCAGAUUGUGCCAACUUGCUAAGCGAAUGAUAUGGUAAAUGAAGAUGGAGAGACGGGUGAAUGAACGUGCACAACUUAACAUGGGACCUUGUGUAUUUUCAAGCAAUG